GAUAUACCAGUAAGGCAAUAAUCAGUCCCAAAUUAACGCGAAAAGGGGGAAUUUAUGACAGGAACGGACACGGUGAUUGACGCCCUGUCCACAGACGCCAAGUCGCCGUCUCUAGCUGUGAGAAGAGGCAGGUUGUCGCGAGUGUUUUUUGAGUACGGCAGUGAGGAAAACGUCGCCGUAAAACGUUUACUGAGUGAGUGGACGACCAGAGAGACCAGCCAGGAAGGCAGCGAAGUGCGGAGACAGACAUACGAGGGGGAAAGCCGUGAAUAGUCUGACUAACGGCGCUCAGUUUGGGUUUCCUGGAGGAUGUCUGCGACCACAGUCGAUCAGAGACCUAAAGGACAAGGAAACAAAGUGCAAAACGGAUCAAUGCAUCAAAAGGAUGGUGUGAAUGAUGAUGAUUUCGAGCCUUACCUGGGCGGUCCGACAAAUCAGAGUAACAGCUAUCCACCAAUGUCUGACCCCUACAUGUCCAGCUACUAUGCUCCAUCCAUUGGUUUCCCGUAUUCUCUGGGAGAGGCUGCUUGGUCCACGGCCGGAGACCCGCCUAUGCCCUACCUAACUACCUAUGGACAGAUGAGUAAUGGCGAGCCGCACUUUAUCCCCGAUGGCGUUUUUGGCCAACCAGGUGCCCUGGGAAACACCCCUCCUUUUCUUGGCCAACACGGCUUCAACUUCUUUCCUGGUAAUGCUGACUUUUCUACCUGGGGCACCAGUGUUUCUCAGGGUCAAUCGACACAAAGCUCAGUCUAUAGUAGCAGCUAUGGCUACGCCCCCAGCUCACUGAGUCGGGCCAUCGCGGAUGGACAAGCCGGCUUCGGGAGUGAAACCCAGCUCAGUAAGGUUCCCGUUCUGAACAGCAUUGAGCAGGGCAUGGCGGGCCUAAAACUGGGUACGGAUAUGAUGGCAGCUGUCACCAAAACGGUGGGUUCCCCCUUAGGAGGCAAUGCAGGUAUGAGCAGCAUGGCGGCCAAUAACCUUCCCCCAUCCGUCAGCUCGUCGGCACCCAAACCGGCCUCCUGGGCAGCUAUUGCCAAGAAGCCAGCCAAACCCCAACCUAAAGUCAAACCUAAAGCCAACAUAGGGAUGGGGGGUGGUGCUGCUAUCCCCCCUCCACCCAUAAAGCACAAUAUGAACAUUGGUACUUGGGAAGAUAAGGGCUCACUCAACAAGCCCCCGUUAGCUCAGACUAUGAUGCCACCCCAACCUAUGGUGCAGCAGCCGCUUCUGGCUCAGCCUCAAGCAUUACUGCAGAACCCUUUGCCCCCUCAGCCCCCCCACCAGCCCCAGCAUCAACACCAGCCCUUCCAGCUGCAGUCCCUCCAGUCUCCCCAACACCCCCAGCCUCUCCACGGCCCGCAGCACCUUCACCUCGCCUCCCAACCGGGCCCCCCUCCACCCCUCCAUCAGCAACAACCCCAGCAGCCGGUUCCGCCCCCCAACCGCUGGGUGGCUCCCAGGAACCGAGGCGAGGGCUUCGGCAUGGGUGUGGGGAUUCCGCUGAGCGCCGCUCCGUGCUCAGGAGAAGUGCACCCCGUGCUGGAAAAGCUCCGCGCCCUCAACAACUACAACCCCAAAGACUUCGACUGGAACUUGAAACACGGACGAGUUUUCAUCAUCAAGAGUUACUCAGAAGAUGACAUACACCGCUCCAUCAAGUAUUCUAUCUGGUGCAGCACAGAACACGGCAACAAGCGGCUGGAUAGUGCUUACCGCUCGCUGGGCAACAAGGGACCCCUGUACCUUUUAUUCAGCGUCAACGGCAGUGGGCAUUUCUGCGGCGUGGCCGAGAUGCGCUCACCGGUGGACUACAACGCCUACGCGGGCGUCUGGUCUCAGGACAAAUGGAAGGGCAAGUUUGAGGUGAAGUGGGUUUUCAUAAAAGACGUGCCCAACAACCAGCUGCGUCACAUCCGUCUGGAGAAUAAUGACAACAAACCCGUGACCAACUCUAGGGACACUCAGGAAGUGCCUCUGGAGAAGGCCAAACAGGUGCUUAAAGUUAUUGCAACUUUCAAGCACACCACCUCAAUCUUUGAUGACUUUGCACAUUAUGAGAAACGUCAAGAAGAGGAGGAUGCUCUGAGGAAGGAACGCAGUAGAAAUAAACAGUAACCUUCAAGCAAGCCCUCUGCUGGAACUGCAACACUAAUGAUGUUAAAUCAAACCUGCCUAACCACAAGGAGGAAAGGCUCUCCCAAUCUUUCCGCUGAAGAAGACAAUGUAUCCAAACACUUGAACGUGACAAGAGGUGAACUCAUCUGUAUCCAUUGACUGGUGCAUCGAACCCUUUUGUUUCCGCUUCACAAGAAAAGAAGUGUAACGUUCUUUGACACUCAGUCUCUCAAGCACUUUCAGUCCCUCGAAACAGCCUCUGCCAGUAUCCUUAACGCUGUAAUUCUGUUCUUUGAUUUUGUUUUGUGAGCUACUAACGAAUUAACCAGAGUAGUCAGAAAAUUCCACCACGCUUCUUGUUUUCUUUUUGUUUUUAAAGCCUCGAUCGUUUGAGAUAUCACUGAGCUUCAUCAGUCCCUGAAGAGAAUUAAAAAAUUAUUCUUGUACUUGAAUCUGUAUUCAGCCGCCUGAUCAAUUGAGACGGAGGCUGCGGAUGAUUGACAGGUGGAAUAAAUAAUUGGGUGAACGGCCACAAUCAUACCAAUCGUAUUAGCCUUCUUCUGUUUCUUUCUGCAUCUCUUUCUGUGUAUCAAAAGGUUAGUAACGUGGCGGCCUGCUGACAGCAGGCUAGAGCUAAUCUUUUAUUUUUUUGUCUUUUUUUGUUGAAAUUCUGUCAUUCUGAAGUGCAUUUGUUUGAGGAGAAACCUGCUGCUCUGGUAGAACCAUCACCUCUUUACUGCUGAUGUCUUUACUUCAGGCUCAGUCAGAUUUUUUUGUCCUCAACAACAAAGCUGUUUUUGUGGAGAACCUCCACCUGACGGACUCGAGGUUCUUCCCUGAAAGGCUUCAAUCAGCUGCACAGACGCAUCAGUUUUCUCCUCUUUAAAAGUCACUAGCUAAAUAAAGCUUAUGUUUAGUGCAAA